ACUACAAAUGCUGUAAACUGGUUAGAAUUUUACCGGAGCUGGUGCAAAGAUCAACACACAAAAUCCAUCUGUUUCCAAUACCCAAUUCAGUAAAGCAUUUGUGCGGGUUCGAAGUGGAUCACAAAACCAAAUUGAUAAUAUUCAAGUUGGAUGGAUGCAUUACAAGGUGACAAUUACACUCAAACUCUUGCCUCAUGGAGCGCAGGAAAGAAAGGUUGCUAUAAUAUGCUUUGCCCUGGUUCUGUGCAAGUUAACAAGACUAUCCCUCUUGGUUUUAUUCUUCACAAUAUUUCUGUCUAUGGAGGGCAGCAAUUUGAGUUCGGAUAUUUUAUAUCUCAGGUAUGCUUUCGACAUCUACUAAAUGCUUCUCACCAUGUAAUUGGAAAAAAAAAAUCUGUUUUUCUGAUAAAAAGGUUUGUCCAUAUGCUUCCAAAAAGACAAUUCGUUGUGUACCUCAAUGUUGUGCUUUCUAGGAUCUAGAUACAGGGAAUUGGUGGCUUCAACAUGGUGAUUAUUAUGAGCAGAACAUAGGAUACUGGCCAAAGUCCUUGUUUUCAAGUUUAUCAGACGCUGCUACACAGCUUACAUGGGGAGGAGCUGUUUUUAGUAGAAAUAAUGCAGGUAAUCCCGCCAUGGGAAGCGGCCAUUUUGCUGAAGAAGGAAUGAAAAGGCUGCUUAUAUCCGAAAGAUUCUUGCUGAAGAAUCUGGUCAUGGAGGAUCUCUUGACCCAGGACGUCUCCAAGACGUCGCAGAUGAUCCCAAGCGUCACAGCAUUGGUCCUAUUCCAGGAGAGCAUCAUAGCUUUCUUUAUGGGGGUCCAGGAGGUGAUUGUUGAAACUAAUUCAAUUUGGAUAU